UACAGUGACAGUAGGAAGGGAAAAACAAAACCAAACAAACAACCCACAAGUUAUAUAUAAAACAGCAUCUUUGAGAGUGGGUUGUGGUCGCUGCUCAGUCCCCCUCCCCUCCUCUUCCCUACUGCUCUGCUCUUUCAAUCAGAGACAGAUAGAAUACUGAGAGAGAGAGAGAGAGAGAGAGAGAGAGAGAGAGAAGAUGCCUAAGGCUGAGUCUUCAGGCCUCUCUUUCUUCUUCAUACUCUCUGCCUCUGGCCUGUUCAUGAAGGAAUGAGCCCAGAACCAAACCUCUUCUUCUCAGAAGAAGAUGGAUCAACAUCAUCAUCAGCAAGAAGUAGAAUCAAGUGAAGAACAAAACCCAGUUUUCCUUUUGGAUGCUCUGUAUUGCUCAGAAGAGCAUUUGGAGGAGCAAGCGAGUAUAGUGGAGUAUUUCCAAGAGGAAGAUGAAUUUGUAGGAGACAGUUGUUGUUACAGCAAUAUUUCAUCGUAUAAGCCAAUAAAAGUUCCAAUCUUGCUAGAGCAAGACUUGUUUUGGGACAACGAGGAGCUAAUCUCACUGUUAUCCAAAGAAGCAGAACAAAAUGGUGAGCUUCAAAAACCUCUCCAAAUCAGCUCAUCUGUGUCUGGGGCUCGUAAAGAGGCAGUGGAUUGGAUGCUGAGAGUGAUUACCCACUUCUCUUUCUCUGCUCUCACUGCCGUUCUUGCUGUGGAUUACUUUGAUAGGUUCUUCUUCAGCCUCCAGUUUCAGAUUGAGAAGCCAUGGACGACCCAGCUUGCUGCUGUGGCUUGUCUCUCUCUUGCUGCCAAAGUGGAGGAGACCCAAGUUCCCCUUUUACUGGACUUCCAAGUGGAAGACAGUAAGUAUUUUUUUGAAGCUAGAACUAUUAAGAGAAUGGAGAUUUUGGUGCUCUCCACACUUCAAUGGAAGAUGAACCCUGUCACUCCACUUUCAUUUGUCGAUUACAUCACAAGGAGGCUUGGGCUAAAACACCAUCUCUGUUGGGAAUUUCUCAAGAGAUGUGAGCUCAUCCUUCUGAAUCUCAUUUCAGAUUCUAGGUUCAUGUCUUUCCUUCCAUCUGUAGUGGCCACUGCUACAAUGCUGCACGUUGUCAACAAUAUAGAACCCUGUUUACAUGUCGAAUAUCAAAACCAGCUCUUGGGCAUUCUCGGAAUUGACAAGGACAAAGUGGAUGAUUGCUACAAGCUUGUCCUGGAAUUGUCAUCAUCAGGAGGCCAUGGCAAACCAUCCAACAAGCGCAAGUUUGGUUCAAUUCCUGGCAGUCCAAAUGGAGUUAUAGACAUGUCAUUUAGCUCUGAUAGUUCAAAUGAUUCGUGGGCCGUGGCCUCAUCAGUCUCAUCUUCACCAGAGCCUCUGUCAAAGAAGAGGAAGCUCAGCCACAACCCAAAUGCAGAGAUUCUCAGCUUCAUCCCUCGCUAGUUACUCAAAUGGUUCCCACCUUUUUUCAUUAAGGACCCAAAAAAAAAAAAAAAAAAAGUCUUUCCAUGUCUAAUAAGUACUUAUGUUCUUAUGCGAUUUGUUAAAUUGCAUACCAUCUCUGAAACUUUCAUCCUAAUUUUCCCAACCAAAUUCAAUCCACAUACUCAAUGAUCUCUGGACUGUUCUGUGGAUGGUGGAUAUAUGGGAUUAGGAAACAGAGAUGGUUUGCAUUUUAUCCGGAGGAAAGUUUUUUAAGAACAUGAACAUAGCAAUGAAGAGUGUACUUGCAGCAGGCAGUAUUAUUAUAUAUCUCUACUCA